CCUUCCUACUGAUUGAUGCCUUGCAUGUGCCAUGCUUCACUCAUCUCUUAUUGCAUGUUAGGCAAUGGUUUUAGUAUGUGGUUUUAGACAGGACAUGCACUUCCUGCUGCUACUGUAUGGUUACUUGUUGUCUGUGUUUGUUUGUAACCCCCUCUAUGACUCAGCCCGUGACACUGUGAGGUAUUUGAGUGCGACUGGGAGGUUGUUGUAGCAUUAGAGCGUAACAUAAUGACGGCCGUGUACUGCUCAGGAUUCCUGCUCCUGCUGUGUCUGUUAACAGCUGCUGAAUGUGACCUGGUUGUGUUCGCCACUGUGGGCUAUAAUGUGACUCUGCCGUGUAAAUAUGAUGUCCAAGCAAGUGGUCUAAGUCCAACAUGCUGGGUACAAGGUGCUAUACUAUCCUCGGGGUGUAGCAAUCAGCUGAUCGCCAGUGACGGUGCAACAGUCAGAAAAGACUCACAAGUGUCCAGCAGGUACCAGCUCCUGGGUGACCUGAGACAGGGAGAUGUUUCCGUGACGAUAUUAAACGUCAGUGAGAUGGACUCUGGACAAUACGGAUGCAGAGUGAAAAUAGCGGGAUGGUUGAACGACCUUAAACAUCACUUUAUACUGAGUGUUCAGAAAGCUACUAAGCCCACCCCAAAGAGGAAAUUGGAUGACGUCACCUCCACAGAACAGACCAUAUUGAAGUACACACAAGAUUAUACAGUUGCUGAAGCAGGGAAGGAAACAGGAUGUGAUGAUGCAAUGGACCACACUGAGGGCCCUGUGGUGAGUGUGAAGGCGUGUCAGCAGUCAGACCUCCAGCAGAGCAGCAUAUGGGGCUUCACAGGAAACACACUCAGACUGUCCUUCAUUAUCUUCAUACCUGCACUACUGCUUACUGUUGGCUACAGAAUGAUGUUUGUUCCACAGCAGAGACCAUAGAUGGGACGACGGACACCAUCUGACCUAGAAGACAACUCAUUGUAGAGUGUGUGUGUGUGUGUGUGUGUGUGUGUGUGUGUGUGUGUGUGUGUGUGUGUGUGUGUGUGUGUGUGUGUGUGUGUGUGUGUGUGUGUGUGUGUGUGUGUGUGUGUGUGUGUGUGUAUGGUGUGCGUGUGUUUGUUUGUGGUGUAUGUGUGUUACUAAGGGUGUAUGAAAGUAAGUGUGUGUUUUUCUACAUGCAUGUGAAAUUAGAGUUCCAAUUAAUUGAAACACUGGAACAAACUAGACUCAUGGAAAGGACCCUAACCCUAACCCCAAUGACAGAAAGGGAAGCGGGUGGUUUGAAUUUAGCACAAUUGUUGGGCAAACAGACAGCCGUCAUUGCUUUUAAGUGUCUUAAGUGCACCAGGUCGAAAAGACGAAGUGACAACAAGGAUGACCAACCUCACUUUCCACUGACACAAACACAGAGACAAC